GUUCUAUCUGCCAUGUCAUGAUGAUCUCUACGCGUAUACACCACCUCUCUUGUAUCGUCACCACCGCCUUGAUCUUGUAUCAACCCUCUCAUCUCCCAUCCCCAAAACCGCACAAGCAUAAAUAAUGCCUCAGCCCAGCCAACCCUCGCUCCUCACCAUCCCCCUCGAGCUCCGCAUGCUCAUAUACAAGGAGCUACUCAUCUACCCGCCGCUAGCAAGACAAGCACAGCGGCAGUCGCGCAGCAUCCACCCGGCCAUCCUCGUCGUGUGCGUGCAGACCCACGACGAGGCUGCCCCCGUGCUCUACGGCGAGAACGUGUUCCACGCCCACCCCGCGGCCCUGACUGCGCAGCCGCGCCUCGAGCCGUGGUUCCCGCCCGUUGUCGAGCUGCCAUCAUUAUCAUCGUCUUCGUCGUCGUCGUCCACGGCGAGUUCUGGCAGCAGCACGCUGGCCGCGUACACGCGCAUCCGGCGGUGGAAGGUCCAAGUCAACCUCGACUUCGCGCCGGAUUAUACACGGGACGACGUGACUGCGGCGUUUGCUGGCGCCGGCGAGCUCGAGCUCGCAGUGUGUCGGGGGUUUUCUGCCGUACGUUAUAAGUACCUUACAUCCCUCUCUCGUGAACUGUAGCAAGGAGUAAAAGAACGACUUAAUGUUAAAACUCAAAAUCUCGUGUGAAAUAUAGUUCGCGGGCGGCGCCAGCGCCGACGCGCUACGGCGCUUCGAGGGCGUGCGCGGGCUGCGGCGCGCGCGCAUAAGGCAGUCCCCGCCGGGUUACGAGCGCUACGUCGCCUGGCUUGCGGCGGGAAUGACCAUGGCGCGUGGGGCUGCGAGGGAAGAAUAUGAGUUUGAGGACGAGUUGGAGCGGAAGCGUUUGGCUGGGUGGGGAGGAGGAGGUCGUGGUGGUGCCGACUCCUGACUGAGGCGGAUGGAUAUCCUCUGGGACAUGUGCCAAGUGUAUUGAAAUGCUCGCGCCCACCAGUUACGC